UCUGAACUUUUUGACCCGAAACCCAAAACUCACACUUGCAGAAAAACAACAUCCACUUCUACCAAUCUCACAACCAACCAACGACCAUCCCAGCUUUCAUCAUCUUCAAUUCGCCUUUCCUACCUGACCCUACUUACACUACUUCACCUUGUCUACACAAAUUUCUAUCUACUCUCCUACCGUUACUCAACGCAACGCAACCUGCAACCUAGAAACCUACAUCCAAAGAAGCACACUUGCGCUUGUAUUUUUCAAUAUCUAUUUUUACUCACGCCCGUUGCCCGUUGCCCGUUUUUAAUCACGAACCUUGAAGUGUAAAAAUACGCCAAGGCGAGCAAAUAAGCUCCUCCACAAAUUCCACUAACGACAACCUUUUUUUUUCCUACGGACGAUCAUAUCUUCCCUUUCACUAUGCCUUCCUCCGCUGUACAAAACCCUCCUGUACAGACGGAGUCCAAGUCUGCAAAGAAGAAGAAGGCUAAGGCUAUCCGUACCGAGUCGCCUGCUCCGUCUGCUCUGUCCAUUCCCGAGAAGCCCGCUUCUGUCGCCGGCCAAGAUGGUCAAGAUGAUACUUCUGAGAAUGCAUACAUUCGUGAGCUUCAGAAGAAUAUCCGCAACAUUAACAAGAAGAUCACCAAUGCCUCUAAGACGGAUGCCUUGAUUGACCAGCACAAGAACAAGUCGUUAGAGCAGCUUGUUGACGAAAAGAUCAUCAAUGCCGACCAGCGCGCCCAGCGCCUGAAGAAGCCCCAACUCGAAUCACAGCUUGCUCAGCUAGAGGAGCAGCUAGCCCAGUACAAGAAGGUUGAUGAGGACUACCGAUCCCGUUUCACCGCCGAGAAGGCUAGCUUAGAGAAAUCACUCUCCGAGAAAUUCGAGAAGGAGAAGGUCGAUGCGAUUAAUGAGAUCAAGGAGAAAGCUGCAGCUGAUUCCAAGAAUAUCAAGCAUGACAGUCUCCUGAUUUUAUCGCAAUUCCUCCGACUGGCUGCGGCUCGACGAACCGAGGAAGCCGACCCCACCGCGGACGAGAACAUGGCCUUGGAGGGUGUCCUUCUCAAUGUGUACUCCGGCGACGAGAAUGCUGUUUCAACUAUGAUCAAACUUAUUGAGGGAUCGGAAGAGACUACACUCGGCGUUUCCGGAGACCAGCUUCAGACGACGUUUGGCCAGGUUAAGGCUGCCGCAGAAGCCCAUGCUGCUCAUAUUGCCAAACUUGAAGCAGAUGCCGCAGCCGAGCAGGCGGAAGCGUUUGAUGAGGCCGGAGCGGUCAAUGGCACCGACCCGACCGUUGCUAAUGCUGGCCUUACCGAGAUCGAUAGUACCGGUACCACUGCCCUAUUAACUAACGGUCAUACCGAAAAGUCGAGUACCAGCUCGGAUCUGCCUGCGAACAAUGACGUCGCCGACAGCGCUGCUAAUGCUGCUGCUGAGUCCCGGUGGGACCAGAGCAAUGAUUUGAGCGCCUCUGUUUCCCAAGAAGACUGGGUUAAGGUCCCUCGUGACCCUACCGAGACCGACACUGGUCUAACCGCCACUCCCGCGUCCGCCGGCAAUGUACAGUCUUGGGCCGAUGAACAGCCCGAGAACCCUCCUCAGGCACGUGCUCCUGCCGACGCGAACGACGGAUUCCACCAAGUCCAGCGUAACCGACCCCAGCGAGGCGAUCGCGAAGGUGGUUAUCGUGGGCGCGGCCGAGGUGACUACCACCGAGGUGGUUAUCGAGGACAUGGCGAAGGACGAGGUCGUGGUCGCGGACGCGGUCGCGGUGGACAGCGUGGCGGAAGACCUCGAAUUGAGGAAUCGUAGAGGAUUCGAUCCCAUGCCUGUCUCCCCCGGUCGUAUUGUCGUAUCUCUCGGGAUCGACUCCUGGCUAGACAGCCGUGGCGAUGAUCUUCUUUGCUCUCUUGACUACAUCUAGACUCUACCUGUCUAGUUGUAAGGAGAACUCGACAAAACAGCACUGGUUUACCGCCGUGCAUAUGUAUUUUGUAAAAAGGGAAUUGGCGGGACGUCUACUGCAUCGUAUUUUCCCUCUGGUUUCAGGAGGGAUGGAGUACAGUGGAAAUGAACCGGCGUCAGCAUUUCCGUGCGGGUUUGCGGCUGGUAGGAAAGGAAUUCCGGUGUUUGUCUGUACCAAAAAGCCUUGCUAGCAUUUACGACACGCGAAAAAGUUGGCUGGAGUCAAUGGUUAAUGACACGAUGACAUGAUACUCUUCUUCGGUGCAUGUAUUAUGACGACACAAAGAGAAAGGUAUUUUAUCACGUUUGAUCUUCACGAUUUGAUCCCGGUUAUUUUACGCCGUUGAAUGUGUAUCCUAGUAGGUGGUGAGUGUAAGUAAGGUCCGAAAUACUGACUUAGGUAGUUGAGCUUAUGUACCCU